AUGGCCCCGACAAAUUAUGCCAAGGACGAGAAAGUCCUGUGCUUCCAUCACGACAUUCUAUAUGAGGCCAAGAUCCUUGAUUUGCGGCACAAGGAUGCCUCGGAUAAGAAAAGCCCGUUCGAGUACCUGGUGCAUUAUAAGGGCUGGAAGAAUACCUGGGAUGAUUGGGUUCUUGAAGAUCGUCUACGCAAAUGGAGCGACGAGAACCGUGAGCUCGCUGCCAAUAUUCGACGUGAGGCUGAAGCUUCCCUUCGCGCAAAGAACGUGAAGCCCGGCACGAAGAAGCGAGCCAUGUCGGAACGCAGCUCAGUGCGUGACAGCGAGGAGCGUGGUAACUCUGUCUCCGCUAGAGGUAACAAGCGUGUACGGGAAAAUGACAUUGAACGAAUCACUCAGGCUCGGACCCGUGCUGAUCACCUCAGCUUGGAGAAUCUUCUGGAGGAGGUGUUCCAAGCCCGCCCUUCAAUUCGCAUUGUCAUGCCCGAUAAUAUCAAGUCCCUGAUUGUCGAUGAUUGGGAGCGCGUUACCAAGAACGGCUCGGUGGUCCAACUGCCCGCCACCAAGACGGUCUACGACAUUCUCCAGGAUUGGCGCGCCGAGGAGCUUCCCAAACGCCACCACGUCGAUGUCAGUGUCAUGGACGAAGUCAUCGCCGGCCUGUCCGAGUACUUUGAGGUCGUCCUCGACAAACUCCUCCUCUACCGGUACGAGCGCCAGCAAUACCGCGUGCUCAAGAAGAAGUAUAUGGGGCAGAAGGACAAGAGCCCCAUCCACGUGUAUGGCGGCGAGCAUUUGAUCCGCCUUUUGAGCCUCCUGCCCGAGCUCCUGGCUCAGACCAACAUGGAGUACAAGAGCACUGGGCGCUCCCAUGAGGAGCUCUCAAAAUUCUCCAUCUGGCUGAGCCGGAACUCGGAGAAGUACUUCACCACCCAGUACAUCUCCGCGACGGAGAUCGAAGAAGAGACCUGA